CGCCAACUUACACAAUAAAUCAGUUCCAGUUAACAUAUAGCCUUAUUGUCAAUUCCAUUUCAGCUCAUUCCACACUUCAGUUCUUAUUUCAACUCUUCAAACUCAAGAUGCCAUGCCAUCCAAGAGCAAGACAAGUGAUUAAUGAGUCGGAUCUGCCUAAAAGCCCGACUGGCGACGAACACCAUACCUACUACAUACACAACAAUGGAGAAGUCUUCCGCGAAGAGAGUAAUGCGAAAGUUACACCCCACCACGAGCAUAGAGGAAGGAACCAAGAGGCGCCAGACGUACCUCAUCCACAAGAUGAAUUUUGCGACGAAGAUCGUAUGACACUGAUCCACCUUCCAAGCGAACAGAUCGUGCCUCUCGAGGACCCUGAUGAGGCGGAAAUGCUGCAUCAAUCUUGGCCUAACAGCCUUUCUGAUUCGCGAAUGCCUCAUUACCUGGUUGACAAACUCCAUAACAUAUGCUCUAAUUGCGAUUGCAAAAAAGAUAUUUUAUGGAAGAGUUUCCGCCGAGCUGAAAGCCACUUCGAAGCCUGCUUCAGUGUAUACUUUCAAAGUUCCAUUCAUCGCCAAGAGACCGCUUGUUCUAUCGAUGGUCUACCACAUCCGAGCCGAAGGGAAUUCAUUCAUCGCAGCAAGGAAUGGACCUAGCACCAACAGGGAACACAUGUUUUGUCUAAUAGCCGGAUUUAAAGUGUCGGAUAUGACUCAAAUGAUAACUCGCAUCCUUUCCAGAUGGCAAGAUAUUUCAGAUGAUCACUCGCACUCCGGCGCUGGCCUGACGCCAAAGCUAUUCCUCGCUAUUGUCAUUUCUCAGUACGGGUUUAUGAAUUCCAAGGAUGUUGUUAAGGCUGGUCUUAGCUUGAAGGGCAAAUACGAUAUACAGCUUCAAGCAUGCCUGAAAAGUCUGUGGGGUCUCUCGCCCGACUCGAUCCAGAGGAUACACGAGGACACAAAGAAUAUCCGGGACUUGAAUAAAGUUUUGAUCAACAUGAAUAGCAAUCUCACGGGCACUCGUUCGAUCAUGCACUAUCUUAGCGCGACUUCUGAGAUUCUGAUUGAUCGUAUCACAGCUUUUGAGACUUAUGUGGAAAGUCGCCUGAACGAAUGGGACGAGAAUCCAUGCGCUCGAGAUUUAGUGCUUGGUCUACGGGACAUGGAUUCCUUCAAGGAGACGUUGAGAGAUACGGAUAAAUUGCAGAUCGUUCGGAAGAGCAUGCAGCAAUACAUGGUUGAUAUCGAUGCUUUGCAUGAGCAAAUCGAUAUCAACAUCUCGAUGGUGGGCAAUCUGAUCGCCGAAAAGGACAGAGCAAUCCAAAUCCACAUGGCGGAGCAAGGAAACAGGGAUGGCUCCAACAUGAAGAUUAUGGCAGGCCUUACUGCGGCUUUCCUGCCUGUGACUUUCAUGGCGGUGCUUCUUACGACGCCGAUGUUCAAAUGGGAUGCGCAGCCUGGGGAGUCGGUCGUUGUAAAACUGCCAACCAAGAUCUACUGGUCUGCGUCUCUCUCGCUGAGUACGCUGUUUGCGAUUUGUUUGGCUGCGCUUUGGAGGCAUCGAACUUCGGAAGACGACAAGAGGCACGUGGCAGUGCAGGACGAGGGAGAAUAUGCAUUGAAGGACCAAGGUGUUCAGACAGUUGGGACAUCUCGAGGAAGUACGCCGAAAGAGCCCAAGCCUGUGGUGAAAGAGCGCUCGCCUUCCAUUCUGGAAAAGGGUAUUGCACCUCCGCGGUCAGUGGAACUUUGAUCUCGAUACAACAAGGCUUACUUCGCUUAACUCGAAAACUCGAUCAUGAUUUGAUUUCAUCGUUGUCUUCAAUCUUUCCAUUUGGAACAUACAUUCAGUACGCUGCAGGCGAUUAUGGGUUCUGCUCCGGUUGGGUUUCUAACUUGAGACUCUCGCUUAUGAAAAGGGGGAAUUGACGAGCAUGAGGCCUGGGCUGCUUUCGCCAGUUUACAUUACUUAAUUAUCAAUCAAAUAGUUGUCCCAAGAGCGACUGUGUGCAAGUCAAGAAAGAAG